AAGUUGGGGAACAGACUGGUGAGGUAGGUUACUCCAGCUCUCCAGCGGAAGCACCUCCAAGCAAGUCUCCAUCAAUGCCAUCCCUAAACCAGACCUGGCCAGAACUGAAUCAGAGCAGUGAGCAGUGGGAGACAUUUAGCGAACGCUCUUCAAGCUCACAAACUCUGACCCAAUUUGAUUCUAACAUUGCACCAGCUGAUCCUGACACUGCAAUUGUGCACCCAGUUCCUAUAAGAAUGACUCCAAGCAAAAUCCACAUGCAGGAAAUGGAGCUUAAAAGAACUGGAAGUGAUCAUGCUAACCCUACUAGCCCCCUACUUGUGAAACCACCUGAUCUCCCAGAAGAAAACAAAAUGAGUUCAUCUGUAAAAUUUACACCUGGAAACACAGUUACAGAUGGUUACAGCAGUUCGGACUCAUAUACUUCAGAUCCAGAGCAAAUUGGAAGCACUGUAACGCGGCAACGGUCACAUUCAGGAACAUCUCCAGAUAGCACUGCACCACCGCCACCCCCUCCAAGGCCUCAUCCUUCUCAUUCUCGAUCAUCUUCUUUAGAUUUGAACAGAUCAUUUUCAGUUACCCCAGGACAGCAACAGGCUGGAGUUGUUGCCUAUCCCCCUGCAGUGCCUCCAAGACCACAGCCUUCACAGGGUGCAGGUCCUCAUGUGCAUCGCCCAGUGGAUGCUGAAGGCCUAAUAGCUCAUACCAGUACCUCACCUCAACAAAUACCAGAACAGCCAAAUUUUGCAGACUUCAGCCAGUUUGAGGCAUUUGCUGUUUCAGGUGUAAACAAAGAGGAGGAUGAUGAAAUUGAAACACACUCAGAAGUCUUGCAGGUUGAAAAGCCCUCUGAUUCUGCAAGUUCUCUUAGAGUUGCCAAAGCAGAUGGAAGAGUUGAAGACAAAGCACCUGCUAGUGUCCCCACUAGUGCGGGUAAAGGCACUACCCCACUUGCUCCACCACCAAAGCCUAUUCGCAGAAGAUUAAAAUCAGAGGACGAGCUAAGACCUGAAGCUGAGGAACAUACACAGAAAACAGGUGUCAUAGCUGCUGUUCUUGCUUCACAGCCAUCUAUUCCUAGGUCAGUGGGGAAAGACAAGAAGGCAAUUCAGGCAUCAAUCAGACGUAACAAGGAAACCAACACUGUUUUGGCCAGAUUGAAUAGUGAACUACAGCAGCAACUAAAGGAUGUUCUUGAAGAGAGAAUCUCCCUGGAAGUCCAACUGGAACAACUUCGACCCUUCUCUCACCUCUAAGCCUACUGCCGUUAACUGUGAAUUUACUAAUUUUGAAAGGGGUAUUGGUUUCAAAGCCUAUUUAAAGAUCCAUGCAUCUAGCUCAGUGCACUCUAUUCUACAUUAAAUGUUGUGGUUCUGUUUUGCCAAUUUGUCCACUUUUGUAUUUAAGUAUUUUAAUUUCAGUACAGAGAGAAAAAAACUUCUUCCUUGAAUGUGACACUGCCUCUCACAUCAUUUUCUGUGGGUAUCCGUGGUCUCUGUUGGGCUUGAGUUUGCAGAGUUUGUCGCCAAAAUUUCCAACUGGAAUUUAGUGGUUUCUUUUUUCCUGUUGAAACAUCUUUGCAGAAGAGGAUUGCUAAUCAGUUGACUUUAAGCACAUAAAGUCUUCUUUCACUAUGGCAUUGAUCUUACUGUGCCAGAAAAGAGAGAAAUUAAUCUCUCAUUGGCCAAUGUUACUUCCCAAGCCACCUUUCACAAUUGGAAAGUUGUUAACAAUUCUAGAAAGCCUGCCUCUUUGCAAUAAAGCAGCUUAUUCAGGUUGAGAGGGUUCUUGCAGGCUGUUUGCCAUAUCAUCUGGAUUUGAUUUUGUUUUGUUGCAUACAUUAUAGAGUAUGUAACCACAGAUUGCCAGGUGUUCACAUUUUAUCCAUUCAUGAUCCUGAUUCAGCUGCAUGCAUAUGAAGAUUUAUGGUACAAUUGGUAAUCUGUCAAACAGACGUUUUUCAGCCCUCCCUUUUGUGAAAAGAGUUGGGUGUAAAUCCCCAACGUAUUAAUUACACAUUGCCUAAGCACCACCUGUAAUUGCAUGUUUCACACGUUACCUUUUAAUAACAGAUCACAUCCACCAGUCUUCACUAUAACAAAUUGUACUGUCAAGUAAUGUGUCAAUACCUCUAUGAACUUCUAAUUCCCAGCAAAAAA